UGUUCUUCAAACGCGAAAAUUCCUACUCUCCUGAAGCUUUUGGUGAUAUUUUGAGGCUUGUUUGCUAGGUUUUCGAGGUAAUCUAUGCGAUUCUCAUCUGUUUGACCUCUCGGGAUUUGGCUUGUGAGCUUAUCUCCUCAAGUUUCAAAGGGCUUUCGUUUCAUGUGCGUACUAGGUUCGGCAUGUUGUAGUCGUGGCUUCAGACAUUUUACCAAUGGCUGCACAUACAGCGGCUCCAUUAUCGCUCAUGCAGCCGCGGAUGCAGGGAGUUCAUUUUAGUAAAAGAAGCUACAUUUCCAGGAGCCCAUUUAUAAAAAUUGCAGAAAGGAAGCUGUUAGGGAGUUGCAAAAUCAGAUUGUGCCAUUCACAGGAAUUUUGCAGCCUUAGUUCUCGUAGUUUGCUGAAUCUUGAAGCAUAUUUAACUCUAGGAGAGUCUUCCUGUAAGGGUACUUGCUUGGCGUCUUUGGCAGAUUUUGAUGGUGCCGCAGCUUCUGAAUGGGUCCCUAUAGGUGACCAUGUUCUUCUCAUGACCAGUAUAUUCCUUACAUAUAUGGCUGGAGUGAUUCCUGUUCAAAAUUCUGGUUAUUCUCCCAAAAAUAACAUCUUGGAGGAGAACCCGGAUUUUGGAACUUCACCAUCUUCUGGUAGGGAUAAGGAUUUUGGAGGUGAUUUGAAGUCUGUGUGGGAUGUAGUGAAGAGAAAGCUUUUAGAUUCUUUAGAUGCCAUCAAACAUGAAAGUAAACUUGGAAGUAAUAUCCUCAAUGCUAAGCAUCCCCAAGGAAAGCCCCCAUUGAGCUUGUAUGCAAUCUCUGAUGGUCCUCGGUUAAAUUUGCUCUGGGCAUGUUUUCAACAUCUCGAGGAAGAGGCAAACAAGAUCUCUGACACAAUCAACAUGGAUGACUGGAUGAUUGAUUUUGCUUAUGUUGUCCGCAAAGCAUGUCAAGCAGCAGGCACGUCUUGGCUACAGAGGGAGCUGCAUCAAGAAGACAACGAUUCUGACAAGGCAAUCACGCCAUUGCUGAUCAGAAAGUUGAACGAAGAGGACACUGUUUUGGACAAAAUAAGAAAAUCAGGCAAGGAAGAUUUGUACAGAGAAUUCUUAUAUUUUCAUAUAUUCGGGUCUCUCGGGAAAGAGAGCUGCUAUGACUCUAGCUUGUUUCGUGCACAUGGAGUUACCAUUUUGGAAGAUUUCAUGAUAACUUUAGCUGACGGGAUCUCCAGCAUCUAUCUAGAGCUUAUCUCUGUAGAUGGAAGCUUAUCAAAUGAAACGAAUUCGGGAGGAUUAGAAAUCUGUAAUCUUUCCAGCCGGGCACUUCAAAAACUGCGUAACGAGGUAGCCUUGUACCAGUGGUUGCAUCAGAAUCUGGAGGCAGUUGUGUCCAUGUACGAAGAUCGGUUUGACCUCUACGUCCUUCAAACUCAGGUCAUCAGCGAAAAAAACACGGACAGAGUUCAGACAGGAAGCCUUAAUUGGUGGAGAAAGCUUACAACAGGACAAACUAAAGCUGCAUCUUCAUCGCCAACCGUACGAUACUCCAUAAUCAGCGAUUUCUCUUUGCCCGUGAAGCGAACCAAGGAGCUAAAGGCUCUGUCGGGAUGGAGGUACUACUUCAGUCUGUUCCUGGAGUUAUCAGACAUUAGCAUGCCGAUAAUAAGAAUCGGAUUGGAGAAAUUUAGUAGCAUUGUAUCGUUCUUCCUCGUCACAUUGAUCGGUAGGUCGGUCGGGCUCAUCUUCACCGGGAUUAGGCAAUCUCUCCGGUGGAAGUGAAUUCCAUGACAGUGAUAAGUGUUUUGUCUCCUGCCUUUUGAUUCUUUCUUCUCCUUCUUUUGGUUAGUAAGAGGUAUGAUAGUGAAGCAUGAUUGAUAUGUUUUUUUCCCCUUGACUCCAUUGUUUAAAAACCUUCACUUGCCUCCAUUGUCUUGCCGCAAGGUCUCCCAUCCCAUUUCUUUAGCGCGAGAAUAAAUUUACCAUGUU